AUGGAUACCGACUGGACGGCGGAUGCGCUAUUCUCGCCCUCGAAAGCUCGCGCUGUACAGGCUCGUGCUAAAGAUUGGGCGGUCGUGGACUCCUGGUUGUCAAAAAGAUAUGGCUCUCGCAUGCCGAAUUUCGAAAGGAACGAGGACACACUGCAAGCACUGCUGACGCUUGCCAACUUGAACGAGAGCGCCGACGAACAACGAUACCAAGUCGAGCGCAUAGAAAGGACCGCACUUCAAGCGCUUUCUCGCCCACGCGGUGUCAUCAACGACGAGAUUGUUCAUGCCAUGGAGAUCGAGCUAUUAAACGAGACACAUUUCGAAACGCUCGCUGAGGUUAUCGUGUCUCUUGACUGUCCGACAUCCGAUCCGUUGCAAGUUGGUAAGAGGGUCAUCGACUUGACCUCAGACCAAUUCGAGCUUAAACAGCAACUGCAACGUACUGAAGGCCAGCUUGAUGCUCUCAGAAAGGAACAAGCUCGCAUCGAAGACCUGCUCCAAGAGUUGAAGAGUGAUGCAUUCCAGCCACCUGCCGAUGUAUCUGAGACCACCGUUGAAUGGACAAAGUCUGCGAAGCAACUGAAGGCCAAGAUUGCAGAGUACGAAGAACGAUUGAGCGCAUCCCGGCCAGAUUCGGCCGCUGGUGGCAUCCAGAUGGUGCAGCAGAGACUGGACGAUGUUUCGCGACUGCGGUCACAGCUUGCCAAUCUUGAGAUGGACUUGAGAGCAUUCCAGGACCUUCCGACAGACCCACGGGCUGCUCGCCGCACGCUGGAGGAGGCACGUGGCGAGUUGCGAGCACUUACGAACAAGCGCGACAAGCUGUUUGAGAGUAUGGCAGAGACCUGA